UCACUCAUUCACACACCCUUCCAUCACAAACACAACUUUCCAACCCCGUACAGAAGAUGGCAACAGCAGCACCUAGUUGGGUGACAACAGCAGCAUCUAGUUGGGUCAUCACAACUGCUGCCACAUGCCUUGCACCCCUUGUCAUCCUCCUCCUCUUCAUGCGCGGGCAAAGACGGCGCAGAUACAACAUGCCACCAGGCCCAAAACCAUGGCCCAUCAUAGGAAACCUUAACCUCAUAGGUCCCCUCCCACACAAGUCCAUUCAUGCUCUCAGCCAAAAAUACGGACCCAUCAUGCAUGUUUGGCUUGGCUCCAGGAGCGUUGUCGUGGGUUCUUCCGUAGACAUGGCCAAAGCCUUCCUCAAAACCCACGACGCCACCCUUGCCGGUCGACCCAAAUUUGCUUCCGGCAAGUAUACAGCCUACAACUACUCGGAUGUAACUUGGUCCGACUACGGACCAUACUGGCGACAAGCUCGUAAAAUAUUUCUAUUAGAAUUGUUCAGUGCAAAGCGCCUCGAGUCCUAUGAGUAUAUUAGAAAGCAAGAGUUGCGUAGUUUGUUGAAUCAACUCGCCAACCCUGCAAACAAAACCAUCUUGUUGAAUAACCACCUUUCCACUUUGAGCCUCAACGUGAUUAGCCGCAUGGUGUUUGGGAAGAAUUACUUGGAGCAAUCAGAGUCAAACAACAUAAUUUCCCCUGAGGAGUUCAAGAAGUUGUUAGACGAAUUGUUCAUGCUAAAUGGGGUUUUCAACAUUGGGGACUUCAUCCCUUGGCUUGAUUUCUUGGACUUGCAGGGUUACAUAAAGAGGAUGAAGGUUGCCGCGAAGAAGUUUGAUACAUUUUUAGAGCAUGUGAUAGAGGAAAACUUUGAGAGGAGGAAAGGGGUGAAGGAUUAUGUUGCCAAAAACAUGAUGGAUGUGCUUUUGCAACUUGCUGAGGAUCCUACUCUUGAAGUUAAGCUGGACAAGCGUGGAGUCAAAGCUUUUACACAGGACCUGAUAGGAGGCGGGACGGAAAGCUCUGCUGUAACAGUAGAAUGGGCAAUCUGUGAGCUCCUGAAAAAACCAGAGAUCUUCAAGAAAGCAACAGAGGAGCUGGACAGGGUGAUAGGGAGAAAUAGAUGGGUUGAAGAGAACGACAUUGUCAAUUUACCCUACAUUGAUGCCAUUGCUAAAGAAACAAUGAGGUUGCAUCCUGUUGCACCAAUGUUAGUGCCAAGACUAGCACGAGAGGACUGCAACAUUGGUGGGUAUGAUAUCCCCAAAGGGACACAAGUGCUUGUUAAUACUUGGACUAUUAGCAGAGAUCCUAAAAUUUGGGACAAUCCAACUGAAUUCCAACCAGAGAGGUUUAUAGGGAAAGAGAUAGAUGUGAAAGGCCAUGACUUUGAGUUGUUGCCAUUUGGUGCGGGCAGAAGGAUUUGUCCUGGGUACCCUCUUGGCAUUAAAGUGAUUCACGCAAGUUUGGCCAAUCUGUUGCAUGGCUUUAAUUGGAGACUACCUGAUAAUAUGAAGAAAGAGGACUUGAAUAUGGAGGAGAUUUAUGGGCUGUCCACACCUAAGAAAAUACCUCUCGAAGUUGUUGCUGAGCCUAGACUUCCAAACCAUUUAUAUUCCCUAUGAGUAUUUUCUCUACUAUGAGAUUUACUCUCUAAUAAUAUUAAGAAUAAAGUGAUUUGUUGAAGCUUAAUGUUGUCAUACUUGUAGGCAAGUUAUGAUGUUUGAAACUUUUAGUAUUUACUAUUUUAGUGCACGUGUAAUAUCGAUUUGAAUUGUUGAUGUUUUGUAAUCAAAAUAAAAUAUGUGAUCUGUUUUCUGUCUUA